CGUGAAUGAUCUUCACUGGCGGGAAGUCUCCAGCACCAAUGCUAAGAGCAUGAUCUGGCUGCUCCAGUUUCUCUCGCUUCUCUCCGGCCUUGGCCCAGGGAACACAGUUUCACAAACCCAAGCACCCCCAUUGCUGGUGGACGGGGUGCUGGGGGAGUCGGUAACUUUCCCCCUGAAGUUUUCUGCAAAAGAAGAGAUCCAGUCCAUCACCUGGCUUCAUAAUAGAACAUCUAUCAUCUUCAUACCAAAAGAUGCAGCACAAAGCCAGGUGACUGAUCCAAAACGGAAAGAUCGACUGAAAGUCAUCCAGUCCUCCUCCUUGCAGAUCAACAACCUGACAAUGGCAGACAGCGGACCUUACCGUGCCCAGAUAUCCACAGCAACCUCCGUAGAGAUGUAUGAUUACAAUCUGUCGAUCUUCAGACGACUGAGGAACUUACAAGUGGCUAAUCACACUCAACUCUUUGAGAAUGGGAGCUGUGAGAUCCAACUGACCUGCUCUGUGGAGAAUCCAAAUGACCAUGCCUCGUUCAGGUGGCAGGUCGCAGGAAACACAAUCCUGGAGGAAGCAAACCUCACUAUCUUUUGGGAGCCCAAGGAUUCCAGUGAAGAGACAUACACUUGCAUAGCUAAGAAUCCUGUCAGCAAUUUAUCCUUCUCUUUCUCUGUCCAAAGUCUCUGCAAAGGUGUUUUUAACGAAAAAAGUCAACUCUCGGUUAUCCUAUGUAGUAUACUAGUGCCUUCUUUGAUCUGCAUCGUUGUGUCCUUAAUUGUUUGGAAGAAGAAAAAAGUAGCAGGUUCCUUACACUUUUCUACUCAGCAAACCCAGAGUCCUGCAGAGGCCCCGAGGGGCCCCUCAGGGAAUGAGCCAGCCCGUCCAGAGAACACUGUGUACGCUCAGGUCACUCAUCCAAACACGAAAACGGAAAUCCCAAUACCUAUGAAAAAUAAUGAUUCCUCUACAAUUUACUCCACAAUUUGUCAACCCAAACAGCCCAUUCCUUCCAGGGCAACUGUUCUUGACAACAUCGUCUAAGUUGCUGAAAUGUCUCAAAGGAAUUCAGGAAUGACACAUCUUCUCCUGAUCCCAUGGGAGACAACAGAGCAUGAUUUCUGCCUGGAAACAGAAUUUGAAUAUCUAGGAUGAUCACGUCCAGUCCUUCAGACUUGAACCUGCUUACCAAGGUCAAACACCAGUUAACUGCCACGGCUCCAAAGUGGAAACCAUUCCCACCUGCCAUGAUAUUUUGAACUUAAUUUAAAAAAUCAAUUUGUGCCCUAAUUGGUUUGGCUCAGUGGAUAGAGCGUCGGCCUGCGGACUCAAA